UUCCGGUAGGCAGGGGCUGCUGUUUUCUGAAGAUCAGUCUUCACUGUUACUGUUAUGGCCAGACAGGCCUGUGGAAUUACCUUUUUCUAAAUCUUAGAUACAACACCCCUGUCUAGACAUAUAGUGGCGGGGAUGCGGCAUCGAAAUGGGAAAUCUUUUCGGGAAAAAGAAAGCAACUCGGGUGACCGAGCAAGACAAGGCUGUGCUGCAACUGAAGCAGCAGAGAGAUAAACUGAAGCAGUAUCAGAAGAAGAUCACAUUUCAGAUGGGAAAAGAGCGACAACUGGCCAAACAGUUGUUGAAAGAUGGAAAGAAAGAGAAAGCACUCCUACUCCUCAAAAAGAAACGCUACCAGGAUCAACUGCUGGACAAAACAGAAAAUCAGAUAAGCAACCUCGAGCGGAUGGUACAAGAUAUUGAAUUUGCCCAAAUAGAGAUGAAGGUCAUUGAAGGACUGAAGGUUGGUAAUGACUGCCUGAAGAAAAUGCAUGAGAUGCUGUCCAUUGACGAUGUGGAAAGGAUCAUGGAUGAAACACACGAUGCCAUUGAGUAUCAGAAGCAAAUUGAUGAGAUGCUGGCAGGAUCUCUGACCCAGGAGGAUGAGGAUGCUGUGCUCGCAGAGCUGGAGGCCAUUACCCAGGGAGAUACUGACCUUGAACUUCCUGAGGUGCCUGGAGAAGAGCUACCAGAGGUUCCAGAGCAAGAACCAGUACGGGAGAAGGAGAGGAUGAAGAAGAAGUCAGAGCGAGAGAUGCUGGCGGUGUAAAUUCAGAUCUGUCCACCUGCCGUUUGUCACCCCUCCAUGUCUGUUCCACUGGAGACCCAAAGGGCUCACUCCAAACGAAGACUCUGGGGAGGGAUUGACAGUCCUCACAUUCUUAAAUGUUGAAGACUCUACAUCCAUAGCAUUUUUUAAUUGUAUAUACAUAUACACAAACAGUAUACUUUAUGCCAUUUAGUAUAGUAUGAAGAUUAUUCUUAACGGUGCCUGGUCUUUGUAGUUGCCCUACAGUUUUGUCUAAUCUUUCAAUUAUAUAUCACAGGCUUAUGACAAAGCCUAACUUUCUAAUGCAUGCUUCACUUUUACUAUUACAAUCUAUGUCACAACUUAUUUCCAACCUUUAGUGUCUAAAUUACCGGAUUCAGCUCCAUAUUUUGGUUAUGGCAGCACUUUCUAUAUAAUAUAUGUUUUCAUAAUUCAUAUCACUUAUAAUACACUUGGUAAUUUGUAUUAUCUUUUCAUAAAUAGUCAUAACCUAAGUAUUAGUGCAUUAUAUACUUACCUUUUCAUGGUUACUUGUUUAAAAAGUAUAAUAAUAAUUUGGGUGUUCAUGUAUUUUAAUGCAUGAUAACCAUGAAUAGGUAUGUAUCAUAGUGUGUUAUAAAUGGUUAAACUGUUUAUGAGAACAUACUACGAUGAUUUUGUGUAUUAUAAGGCAUUAUAUACACAGGCUAUGAGUAAAGUGGUAGCUGAACAUUCUUAAUCUAGAACAGAAAACUGAAAGCAGCCAAAGCAUUUCCAUUAUUAGAAUAAGCCAAUUAACUUUACAGACUUCUCAAUUUGCUGUAAGAUGACUUCAAAAACUACCCAUGACAAGUAAAACUGAUUAACAGAAGGAUAAAUAAACAUAUCCUUAUUUUUAAGGGGAAAAUUCAGGUGUAAAACAACAGCAACAUCAUUGUCAAGUUUACUAAAACACCACUGUACUGUAUAUACACAUAGGGCAGGACAAAACAUUUGCCAGACUUGCAGACCUAGCUGUAAGCUAUUACAUGUAAAUAUGCCACAACCUUGUAAGACCUCCUUUUACAUAAUGUUCUAAAUGCAUUCUACAAUUAAGAGGGGUUCGAGAAGAAAAUUAUCAGUUUCUGCUCCGAAUGAUCAGAGUAUGCUGCACAAAGUAUGGUUUGCAUUUAUGAAGCAUACAAACAAAGGAUAUGAUGUAUACAAGCAAAAUACUGAAACCAUGAUUAGUGCUAUUUUCUCUUUUCUGAUUUUGCUUAUUUUAACUCAUUUUUUCAUAGGUUUCAUCUAUUUUUUUCUCUGUGUUAGAUUAUUACUGUUUUUUAAUAAGACUAUUGGCUUAUGAUCUGUCUUCCUCUUUUUAUUUUGUUAUUCUGCAACAAUACAUUUUAUUAAAACAUUUUUCA